AUGCCUGCACUUGUCCAGUCGACGUGGAGCCUCGGCCGAAACCUCUACUUGCGGGCUGCAGCAGGAUGUGUUAGUGGUCUAAGUCGCCAUCGCUGUUCCCCUAGGACGGGACCGCUGCCGUGGGGAUCAACAACUUCUGCGUGCCACUCACGUCAACGGAACCCGGUGCAUCUGGCCAGCUUGCGAAGCCAGUCUAGAUUCAUCACAACUACGUCUGACAUCGUUUUCCAAGAAGACACCAUCUAUGCAUUGUCAACAGCGCAAGGCCGUGCCGGAAUUGCGGUAAUACGCGUGUCUGGUCCUGGAUGUACGGAUGUCUAUAAAGGACUCUGCCCCAGCAAAGCAAUCCCGAAACCUCGCUAUGCAGCAGUUAGGACACUUGUGGAUAGUCAGGCAGGCGCCGACGGCCCGAUCCUAGACUCGAACGCCUUGGUCCUCUUCUUCCCUGGCCCCAAGACCGUGACCGGAGAGGACGUCCUCGAGCUGCACGUCCAUGGCGGUCCUGCCACGGUCAAGGCAGUCCUCGGCGCCAUCCCGACAUGUCCGUCCGAUACGCUCAUCCGCUACGCUGAGCCCGGCGAGUUCACCAAGCGCGCCUUCCUUAACGACAGGCUCGACCUCGCCCAGGUCGAGUCCCUUGGCGACACGCUCUCGGCCGACACGGAGCAGCAGCGCCGCGCCGCCGUGAGGGGCAGCUCGGGCGUGUUGGGGCGCACCUACGAGGGUUGGCGCGAGCAGCUCCUGCUCGCCAGGGGCGAGAUCGAGGCCCUUAUCGACUUCGCCGAGGACCAGCACUUUGACGAGUCGCCCUCGGAGCUGAUGAGCAACGUCUCAGCGCUCGUCGCUGACAUGCGCAACCGCAUACAGGUGCAUGAAGCGGCCAGCCAGCGCAGCGAGCUGCUGCGGAACGGCAUCCGCAUCGCGCUGCUGGGCCCCCCCAACGUGGGCAAGAGCUCGCUGAUGAACCUGAUCGUGGGCCGCGAGGCGUCCAUUGUGUCGAUGGAGGCAGGGACCACGCGCGACAUCGUCGAGGUGAGCCUCGACAUCCGGGGGUAUCUCUGCUCAUUUGCGGACACAGCUGGCAUCAGGACCAAGGCCACCGCGGGGCUCGGCGGCGGCUCCCCCUUCGAGCCUGCGUUGGGAACCGUCGAAGAGGAGGGUAUCCGUCGAGCGAAGCAGAAGGCGGCAGAGUCCGACAUCGUCGUCGUCUUGGCCGCGGUCGAGCCAGGGCGCGACGGGCGUUUCUGUAUCAACUAUGACGCGGAGACGUUGAAGCUGGCGUCGGAAGCGCAGGCAUGCCUCGUCAUCGUGAACAAACGGGACGCCGUCGACGAGCCCACUUUCUCCGACCUCCUCAAGCGGUUCAGGGCCGAUGUGGCCGGCCACGUCCCCGCGAUGGAUCAGACCGAGCUCGUCACGAUAUCCUGCCGCGAGGCGCAGGCGAAGCCGAAUGGUCAGAGGGACCCGGGCGCCAUCCACGGACUCAUCGACCGGCUGGUUGCGUCGUUUGCGGGCAUGACGUCUCUGCCCGCCGACCAGCAGGACCUCCUGGGCGUCACGGCCAGGCAAGCGCAGCUCCUCGAACAGUGCCGCGGCUUCCUGGACGAGUUCAUGGCCGUGGCGCACCCCGAAGAAGAGGGCGAAGAGUCGGAUAUCGUCCUGGCGGCGGAGCACCUCCGGUACGCGGCUGACUGCCUCGCAAAGAUCACUGGCCGCGUCGAGGCGGGCGACGUCGAGGAGGUUCUUGGUGUGAUAUUUGAAAAGUAA